AUGUCAUCAUUAGAACAAAUCAUUAAAGAUAUUUUAAAAGAUACUCCUGUAGGAGAGGGAAUAGAUCUUAGAUUAAUUGUUGAUAAAAACAUUGAUGUUGAAUUAACUAAAGGAUUGGAAUUGUAUAAUUUAGAAAAGGGAAUUAGUAUAAAUGUUGAUGGACAAAAUUCAAUCAUAUCCAAGAUUAAUCAAAUAAAUGAUAGUUUUAUUAAUGAACAAAUUGGUUUAAAAUUUAAAGUUGAUCAUUUAAAUUCCAAAGCAUAUGAUAUUGAAACAAUUGAUAAAACCCCAAAUAAAUGGGAUAAGGAAUUAAUUGAUUAUUUAAAUGAACAAUAUGAAAAUGGUGAAUAUUUAAUAUAUAAUGAUAAAUUAAUUCUUAAGGGGGAUAAAUCAAGUCCUGGAAAUUAUUGGACAGGAUCGUGGAGAUCUGAAUAUGAUUUAUCCAAUGGUAAAGGUGAGAUUAAUAUUGAUGUUCAUUAUUAUGAAGAUGGGAAUGUUAGAUUACAAUCAAAGAAGACUAGUAUUGAAAUUGAUCCAAAGAAUUUAGUCAAAUCAAUUAAAAAAAUUGAAGAUGAUUUACAAAUUUCUUUAAAUAAAGAAUUUUUAAAAUUAAAUGAAUUAAUUUUUAAACAAUUAAGAAGACAAUUACCAAUAACAAGAUCAAAAAUGAAUUGGGGUAAAGCAAUUGGUAAUUAUAAAUUAGGUAAAAAUAUAAAUCAAUAA